AUGGCUCAGCGGAUGUCUUUGCCCCCAUUGGAUGCGGCGUGGGAUCCAACCUUGCAAACCGACGACGACGACGAGUACUGCUGGACUCCGUUGCAGCUUCACGGGUUACUGAACUCCCCAACUGCUGUAAUGCGUUAUAACGGAGGAACGGCACUGCAAGCGGCAGCCGAGCGCGCAGGCUACACUGCAUUACAGGCGGCAGCAGGCAACGGCUACAUCUCCAUGGUCCAACUCCUCCUUCAACAUGGAGCCAAUGUGAAUGGCUCUCCUGCCAAGUACAAGGGUUUCACAGCUCUGCAGGGGGCCUGUCUGCAGGGUGAUAGGCAGGUGCUAACAUCCAUGCAUUGGGUGGUAUUUAUGGAGACGGGAUGGCUCUACAUGCCGCCGCCGAGAGAGGCCGAGUAG